CAGAACUAGAGGUUGGCUUCUCGGGCAGCCUUGUGCCCUUGAUCCCCCAGCAUGGUCCCCUCGGCCUGGUCCAUCUGCUGCCUCCUGGGGGGCCUCCUGCUUUGCGGGGGCAGCCCCAGUCCUGGCCCCAGCGUGCCCCGCCUGCGGCUCUCCUACCGAGACCUCCUGUCUGCCAACCGCUCUGCCAUCUUUCUGGGUCCCCGGGGUUCCCUGGACCUUCGAGCUAUGUACUUGGAUGAGUACCGGGACCGCCUCUUUCUGGGGGGUCGAGAUGCCAUCUACUCUCUGCGGCUGGACCAGGCAUGGCCAGAUCCCCGGGAGGUCCUGUGGCCACCACAGCCAGGACAGAGGGAGGAGUGUGUUCGAAAGGGAAGAGAUCCUUUGAUGGAGUGUGCCAAUUUCGUGCGGGUGCUGCAACCGCACAACCGGACCCACCUGCUGGCUUGUGGCACUGGGGCCUUCCAGCCCACCUGUGCCCUCGUGGCGGUUGGGCACCGUGGGGAGCACGUGCUCCGCCUGGAGCCGGGCAGUGUGGAAAGUGGGCGGGGGCGAUGCCCACAUGAGCCCAGCCGUCCCUUCGCCAGCACCUUUGUAGGUGGGGAGCUGUACACAGGCCUCACGGCCGACUUCCUGGGGCGUGAGGCCAUGAUCUUCCGGAGUGGGGGUCCCCGGCCAGCCUUGCGUUCUGACUCUGACCAGAACCUCCUGCACGACCCCAGAUUUGUGAUGGCCGCCCGAAUCGCUGACAACUCUGACCAGAAUGAUGACAAGGUGUACUUCUUCUUCUCGGAGACGGUCCCCUCGCCUGAUGGUGGCCCAGGCUAUGUCACCGUCAGCCGCGUGGGCCGUGUGUGCGUGAAUGACGCUGGUGGCCAGCGAGUGCUGGUGAACAAAUGGAGCACCUUUCUCAAGGCCAGGCUGGUCUGCUCCGUGCCCGGCCCCGGUGGAGCUGAGACCCACUUUGACCAGCUGGAGGAUGUGUUCCUGCUGUGGCCCAAGACAGGCAAGAGCCUGGAGGUGUACGCGCUUUUCAGCAUGGUCAGCGCUGUGUUCCAGGGCUUUGCAGUCUGCUUGUAUCACAUGGCAGACAUCUGGGAAGUCUUCAGGGGACCCUUUGCCCACCAAGAUGGUCCCCAGCACCAGUGGGGACCCUAUGGGGGCAAAGUGCCCUUCCCCCGCCCUGGAGUGUGCCCCAGCAAGAUGACUGCGCAGCCUGGACGGCCCUUUGGCAGCACCAAGGACUACCCAGAUGAGGUGCUACAGUUUGCCCGAGCCCACCCACUCAUGUUCCGGCCGGUACGGCCUCGGCAGGGCCGCCCUGUCCUCGUCAAGACCCACCUGGCCCAGCAGCUGCGACAGAUCGUGGUGGACCGAGUGGAGGCAGAGGAUGGGACCUAUGAUGUCCUCUUCCUGGGGACUGACUCAGGUUCGGUGCUCAAGGUCAUGGCCCUGCAGUCUGGGGGCUCGGCUGAGCCUGAGGAGGUGGUUCUAGAGGAGCUCCAGGUGUUUAAGGUGCCCACAGCCAUCACUGAGAUGGAGAUCUCUGUCAAAAGGCAAAUGCUGUACGUGGGCUCGAAGCUGGGUGUGGCUCGGCUGCAGCUGCAUCAGUGCGAGACUUAUGGCAGUGCGUGUGCAGAGUGCUGUCUGGCCCGGGACCCAUACUGUGCCUGGGAUGGUGCGUCCUGCACCCUCUACCGGCCGGGCACCAGCAAGCGCCGGUUCCGCCGGCAGGAUAUCCGGCAUGGAAACCCUGCCCUGCAGUGUCUGGGCCAGGGCCAGGAUGAGGAGGCUGCAGGACUCCUGGCCACCACCACAAUCUAUGGCACGGAGCACAACAGCACCUUCCUGGAGUGCCUGCCCAAGUCUCCUCAGGCAGCUGUGCGAUGGUUCUUGCAGAGGCCGGGGGACCAGGGGCCUGACCAGCAGGUGAAGACCGACGAGCGGGUCCUGCAAACAGAGCAGGGGUUGCUGUUCCGCAGGCUGAGCCGCCUGGAUGCCGGCACCUACACCUGCACUACGCUGGAGCACGGCUUCUCCCAGACAGUGGUCCGCCUGGCUCUGGAGGUGAUUGUGGCCACACAGCUCAACAGUCUGUACACCAGGGGGCCGAGGCCAGAGGUGCCCGCUGCCCAGGGAGGCCUGGCCUCCAGCCCACCCAAGGCCUGGUACAAGGACAUCCUGCAGCUCAUCGGCUUCGCCAACCUGCCCCGGGUGGAUGAGUACUGUGAGCGCAUGUGGUGCUCCUCCCGGAGCCGGAGCAAACAGGCCAGGGGCAAGAGCUGGGCGGGGCUGGAGCUGGGCAAGAAGGUGAAGAGCCGGAUGCAGGCCGAGCGCAACAGGACGCCCCGGGAGGUGGAAGCCACAUAGAAGAGGGUGAAGGAGGGUAUGGUUGGGAUGGGCCAGGGGGGCCCAGCAUCAGCCCCCGCCGGUGUCUCCCACCCACCCAGCCAGGUCAUAGGGGGCCAGCAGGCCUGAUCACCUCUCAGAUGGGAGUCUCUGCCCCCCCAAACCCCUACAAGGUCCCCACAGGAAAGGCUGAUGGA